AGAAUAAAGACCAUAGUAUAUAUGUGUGGAGGAGAUGUGAGCGGAGGGACUGCUGCUCAGCUGGGCAGCGCCGAACACUGCUGGAAGUUAUCUGUGGAGUACAGACAGUUCAAAAACACCUGUAGAGGAAACGAACAGUCUUGCAGCCAUGACGUGCAUCCACUCUCAGCAUGGAUCUCAGUCCUAUGAGAACAGCCUUGGAGGCUCAGAGCUUCAAAGCACAGACAUUAUCUCUAAGCUGGCUGUGGAUAUGAGCAACCCACGGGACCACCUCUCUGCUCCACCUCUGCCAAGUAUCAGUUCUCUGGUGGACUCUCACACCGGCGACCUUGACGCGUACUCAUGCCAGUUCACUGCGGCUCCCGCCCACAUUACAUCGUCCAUAGGCCAGGAGACCCCAUUCAAGCUGGACGACCUCCAGGUUUACGGUUGCUACCCUGGAGCGUUCGCUCUGAGUUACCCCGACGAGGCUGGGUCCCCUGUUGGGUCAGAUUACUUUGGCAGCCCGGCGUCCGCCUCGUCUCCCUCAACCCCCGGGUUCCAGAGUCAGCACACAUCCACCUGGGACUCAGCAUUCGGGCCUUACUCGCCUUGUCCUGGAUACUGGGUGACAGAGGAGACCUCGCCACAUGCGCCCUCUUUCUUUACUUUUAACAACGGCUCUGUGGAGGAUAUGUCUCAUUUGGGUCAACCACAGGAUCCUUUCACUUUGGCCCACCCUCACUCAUCUGCACUGAACUUUCCUGCCAUGGGGAUGGAGCAAGCACAGAGCUUCAACGGUAAUGACCACAUGGACGGAAGCUUAUCACCUAAGUUAAAAAGUCCAGCUGGGAAUGAGGGCUGCUGUGCUGUGUGCGGGGACAACGCGUCCUGUCAGCACUACGGGGUCCGCACCUGCGAGGGAUGCAAAGGAUUCUUCAAGCGCACAGUGCAAAAAAAUUCCAAGUACGUUUGCAUCGCCAACAAGGACUGUCCUGUAGACAAGAGGAGGCGGAAUCGAUGCCAGUUCUGCCGUUUUCAGAAGUGUUUGGCGGUUGGCAUGGUGAGGGAAGUCGUGAGAACCGAUAGCCUCAAAGGACGAAGAGGUCGCCUGCCGUCUAAGCCUAAAGUCGUUCAGGACGUCACAUGCACUGUGUCUCCAGUGAGCAUGAUUGCCUCACUCGUCAGGGCCCACAUUGAUUCAAAUCCUGGCGUUGGGAAAAUCGAUUACUCCAAGUAUGAAGAGACAGAGGUACGUCCAAACCAGAAGGAAGAUGCUAGCGACAUCAAGCAGUUUUACAACUUACUCACAUCCUCCAUGGAGGUCAUCGGAAAGUGGACGAAGAGCAUCCCAGGUUUCUCUGAGUUCUGCCCAGAAGACCAGGAACUUUUGCUGGAAUCUGCUUUUGUGGAGCUCUUCAUCUUACGUAUCGCCUAUCGUUCUAACCCUGAAACGGACAAGCUAAUCUUCUGCAAUGGGGCCGUACUUCACAAAACACAGUGUGUCCGGGGCUUUGGGGACUGGAUUGACUCUAUCUUAGAGUUUUCUCAAAGCCUUCAUCGCAUGAAGCUGGAUGUCUCCUCCUUCUCCUGUCUCACAGCGCUGGUCAUAAUCACUGACCGAUAUGGUCUGAAGGAGCCAGGACGUGUGGAGGAAAUGCAGAACCAGCUCAUCACCUGCCUUAAAGAUCACGUCUCUGCCUGCGGCUCCGACUCGGUGCGGCCAAAUUAUUUGUCAAAACUUCUCGGGAAGCUGCCCGAGCUCAGGACACUUUGCACUCAAGGCCUCCAGCGCAUCUUUUACCUGAAAUUAGAAGAUCUAGUUCCUCCACCCCCGAUUGUGGACAAAAUUUUCAUGGAUACUCUCCCGUUUUAAGUGUUUUCAAGACGAGAUCGACCAUCUGGCGAUAUGAAACCUGAAAUUCACUUGAAGCCAAAGAAAACAGACGGAGCACUUACACUUCAAAUGGUAUUUAGUGACACUGCUAUUAGUAUAAUCAUCCUAAAGGAAUAUAGAUCCCAAUGAAAAGGGUUACUUUUGAAUUAUGAAUUCAACAAACUAAGAAGCAACAGGAGAGUGGAGCCAUGACAAAAAUCCUCUUCCUCCGUUGUGUUUCCAGGAUAGUGUGCACUCUGCAGAGGAAAUUUAAUCGGCCAGCUAAUGGACCAAAAUGUGACUGUUUACAUACGACAAGGUGCCAUGAGUGGAAAAAAAAUUCUGACAAAUGAUGAUUUUUGUAAGAAUGUUUGUGGGUAAAAUGAUGAAUGGCACAUAUGUCUGACAAAGCAUUAUAUGUUUGUGUAGAACAAGCAAAUUACUACACAUAACCACUUUAUAGUCCCCAAAGCAUCAAUUCCCUUUAUUUUAAAUGUUUGGUGACUGACGCCAAGUAGGUCAAACCUACAGAAUUAUUCAGAAGUAUCAUUCAUGUAUCAUGAAUUGACAUUGAGCAGCUAACAUACUGUGUAUCGCCCAGUACAGUCUUAUACACUGGUCUUGUUUGUAAAUAGUUUUGAAUGGGGUUGGUGUUUUGCCACAUGAACGAUCUAUUCUGUAGUGUGGGGGAAAAGUUUAUCAAAGUGUUUCUUUGUUUCUGUUAUUUUUACACACAGAAAUUAUAUUUUACUGCAGCUGAAUUAAAUUUGAAACUACAUAUUACGACA